CUACCGAAGCGCAGCGCGAGCAACGACACCUGACAUUUUUCUCCUUUUUCAGCAGCGAUGGCUCAGGAAGCAAAACCCAUCACCAGUCCUGUACCAGAAGCGUUGUAUCCAACCUUAGCCGUUUUCAUGCUCGCGAUCGGCUUGGUAGUCACCGCUUCAUUCUUCAUCUAUGCAGCCACUGCAUCCAAACAAUAUCGCAGUUUAGCAAAGGAGCUUACAACUGGUGCGGCGGCAUCUGUUUUCUUGGGCUUUGGAUCAUUGUUCCUGCUCCUUACUUGUGGAGUUUAUGUUUGACUUCUAGAUGCGGUUUUAUGAU